CAUUCAUGUUUUGCCUAAAGAUGUGAAAAAAUUGUAUUUUUAAAUAGUGAUUUUUUAUUAAAAAUCUAUCACCUAUAUAUUGCUCUGUCUGAAGAAAACGGGUGGAUUAGCAAGAGUAAAAUGCAAUAAACCGGUAUGAACCAUUCUUUCAAUGUCACCCUAUGAGUGACCUUGACGUGCUUUUUAAAACACUUUCUUGAUACGUGCACGAGUAUGAAUUGUCCACAUCAUGACCAUCAAAAAGAAACCAAGAAACUAUUUAUUCCUUAGCCUUAAUUUAAUUUUAUCCAUAAACAUUCCUAACAACAACACGAUUGAACAAGAACAAUGCAUAUAUGACCCAGACACCCAGAUAUUAUUGGAACGGAUUUGACAAUUUAGAAGGCGCGUCGUCUGCCCUGCCAGUCGAGUGCGAGACGGCUUACAAGGAAGCUUAAUUGCCGACUGGCCUUCAUAUUUCACCAAAUUAUUCGUCAUUUACAUAAUGGCAGACUUAAAGAUCGAUACAGGAAAUCCGGUGCUCGAUGAGAAAAUCAAGGAGUGGUUGAAAUGGGAUAAGAAUGAGCGGACACGAGCCGAGGUGGAGCAGCUGGUGCGGCAGGGCGACGUGAACCAGCUGGAGAAGAUCAUGGUGCACCGCAUGGUGUUCGGGACGGCGGGUCUGCGGGGCCGCAUGGGCGCUGGCUACGCCCUCAUGAACGACCUCGUCAUCAUUCAGACGUCGCAGGGAUUCAGCAAGUACUUGGGAGAGGUGAAUCCAGAAUCCAAGACAAAGGGCGUCGUAAUUGGACAUGACAGUCGCCACAAUAGCCACAGGUUUGCCAGACUAGCAGCAGCAGCAUUUCUGAAUAACGGUAUCCCAGUCUACCUGCUUGGCAAAAUUGUACCAACUCCUUUUGUGCCCUUCACUGUCCUACAGUAUGGAGCAGCUGCUGGUGUGAUGGUCACAGCAUCUCACAAUCCGAAAGAGGAUAAUGGUUAUAAAGUUUACUGGGAAAAUGGUGCUCAGAUCAUUCCCCCUCAUGACUCAGGAAUACAAAAAUCCAUUGAAGAAAACCUGAGCCCUUGGGAAGAUGCCUGGGACAUAGAAAAGGCCUUGGCUGAUCCCAGACUUACCGACCCCCUGGACGACAUCUCCAGCAAGUAUUUCUCCAAGCUGGGGUCUUCUAUGAUGAAUAAGGAGAAAAACCAAAGUUCACCUCUGACCUUCACGGUGACAGCCAUGCAUGGUGUUUCGCAUGACUAUAUGGUGGAAGCUUUCAAAGUGUGUGGAUUCAAGCCUUUUGUCCCAGUUAAGGAACAGAUGAUACCAGACCCAGAAUUUCCAACAGUCAAGUUCCCAAACCCAGAGGAAGGCAAGAGCGCUCUGGAUCUCUCGUUUAAAACUGCCAAUGAAAAUGGUUCAUCUGUCAUUCUAGCUAAUGAUCCUGAUGCAGACAGAUUGGCUGUGGCAGAGAAGUUACCAAGUGGGCAGUGGAAAGUUUUCACAGGUAAUGAAGAGGGAGGGCUGCUGGGCUGGUGGGCGUGGCACCGCAGCCGCCAACUCACACCUAACAUCCCACCCAGUGACUGCUACAUGAUUGCCUCCACUGUUUCUUCCAAGAUUCUGAGGGCUAUAGCAAACAAGGAAGGAUUUCAUUUUGUGGAAACCUUAACAGGCUUCAAAUGGAUGGGCAACGAAGCUCAUGACCUGAUACAGAAAGGCAAAACUGUUCUCUUUGCAUUUGAAGAAGCCAUUGGGUUUAUGAAUGGCAGUGAGGUUUUGGAUAAGGAUGGUGUCUCAGCAGCAAUGCGUCUUGCUGAAAUGGCAACUUUCCUGAAGGUGGACCACAACAUGACGCUAUUUGACAAACUACAGGAUAUUUACAAGACAUAUGGAUACCAUAUAUGUAACAACUCAUAUUACAUUUGUCAUGACCAGAAAGUUAUUAGUAAGAUGUUCGAGAGAAUAAGGAAUUUUAAUGGACCAGACUCUUAUCCAAAAUCAGUGUGCAACGGCAAGUUCACAAUAUCCGAUGUGCGUGAUUUGACAACUGGCUACGAUUCCUCUCAGCCAGACAAGAAGGCCGUUCUUCCUGUGUCGGCCUCAAGCCAGAUGAUCACUUUCUCGUUCUCCAAUGGGUGUGUUCUCACCCUCAGGACCAGUGGAACAGAGCCUAAGAUCAAGUACUACUCAGAGAUGUGUGCCAAGCCUGAACAAGAGUUUGCAAAUGGUGCCCAGAAAGAUAUAGCAAUAUAA